ACAAAGACUUGCUAGGUUCUCAUGAUUGGUGUUAUGAAAUCAGAGCAUGUUAAAUGACAAAACUUCUUGUUUAUAACUGAGCCCAAGUCAAUGGAAAGAAUCAACCACACCAGCAGUGUCUCUGAGUUUAUCCUCCUGGGACUCUCCUCCCGGCCUGAGGACCAAACACUCUUUGUUCUCUUCCUCAUCGUGUACCUGGUCACCAUAACAGGGAACCUGCUCAUCAUCCUGGCCAUUCACUUCAACCCCCAUCUUCAGACCCCUAUGUAUUUCUUCUUGAGCUUUCUGUCUCUCACUGAUAUUUGCUUUAUAACAAGCGUUGUCCCCAAGAUGCUGAUGAACUUCCUGUCAGAAAAGAAGACCAUCUCCUAUGCUGGGUGUCUGACACAGAUGUAUUUUCUCUAUGCCUUGGGCAACAGUGACAGCUGCCUUCUGGCAGUCAUGGCCUUUGACCGCUAUGUGGCCGUCUGUGACCCUUUCCACUGUGUCACCACCAUGAGCCACCACCACUGUGUCCUCCUGGUGGCCUUCUCCUGCUCAUUUCCUCACCUCCACUCACUCCUGCACACACUUCUGCUGAAUCGUCUCACCUUCUGUGACACCAAUGUUAUCCACCACUUUCUCUGUGACCUCAGCCGCGUGAAAUUGUCCUGCUCUUCCAUAUUUGUCAAUGAAAUUGUGCAGAUGACAGAAGCACCUAUUGUUUUGGUGACCUUUCUCUGCAUUGCUUUCUCUUAUAUACGAAUCCUCACUACAGUUCUCAAGAUUCCCUCUACUUCUGGGAAACGCAAAGCCUUCUCCACCUGUGGUUCUUACCUCACCGUGGUGACACUCUUUUAUGGAAGCAUCUUCUAUGUCUAUUUACAGCCCCCAGCCACCUACACUGUCAAGGACCACGUGGCAACAAUUGUUUACACAGUUUUGUCAUCCAUGCUCAAUCCUUUUAUCUACAGCCUGAGAAACAAAGACCUGAAACAGGGCCUGAGGAAGCUUAUGAGCAAGAGAUCCUAG